ACGCGAAACGAAAACGAGUCAACUGAGAGACGAGACCCAACGACAUCUGUUUUGAAACAGCUACAAAGCGAUCAGUACUCAUGACAAAGUACAAGGAAGUCGACUACAAGGCCCCGAAAAGCCGUUGGCCGCUUUGGGUUAUCCCAUUUCUCGUAGCAAUCUUGCUUUUGUUGAUCGCUAUUUUUAUUUUUGUGACCCUCAGCGCUAAACACCAUUGUUUGUUCUUCGACUGCGAACAACGAAGAAUUGACGAUGGAGGCCUUGUACCACCAGAUCAAAAACCCCGAGAGGACGAUGAACUUCUUACUCCAACUGCCGAACCAGGUUCUAGUCGAGGGAUGAAGAACGAGAGCGGAAAAGCAGACAGCGCCAACGAAAUAACCGUUCACGGAGAGUUGAUGUUCGAAGGAAGUGCUCCAGACCGGCUCCCAGGAAAUUCGUCCUUGAAAGUGAAGUUUGAAGACGUUAGCAUCAUGGACGCCAGUUCUGUACUUCUUGGAAACACUGUGGUCGACUUGUCGAGCUACAAUAAAGCAACGAACCUCAAAUACGAGAUCAAGUGCAAAAAACCCGAUCCUCAUGGAAGCUACAGUCUUUCUGCUGUGUUGAAUAUGGGCUGGCAAGCAGAUAAGAACUCUUGGAUAAUGCAAGGGGACUACCAUACGGAUACCCAUCACAUAGUUAAAAUCGAAGACGGAAAAAGCGAAUACAAGAAGGAUAUAACUUUGGUUCGUUUUUACUAAAUGAUCUUCCCUAAACAGUGUGGUACAAGAUUUGGCAUUUCUACACGGUGCAAUAUUGGAUUGUAUUUUAUUAAAAGCUGUAAAUUUACUCUAUGGAGCAUCAUUCUUUCCCUAUCUAUCAAGCAACCAAAAAAAUUUAUUUGAUACUGUAGGUUAAUGGAUGAUGCUUGGACAUUAAGUAAUCAAACAAAAAAUGUAAAUAUGCAAUAAGGGCAUAAGGGUAACAUGUGUGAUAGCCCAGAUUUUGCAGAGUUUGCCAUCAGCCAGUGGCUUCUAGCCCUCACUUUCCUCAUGGUACAAUUUGCCAAAAUUCAAAUUAUAGAAGAACUGUAAGAGAUUGUGUAAUUUUUUCAAUUAUUAAAUGAUUUUUAAAAGAGUCAAUUCAUUAUUGUGUUGGAAGAAAAUGUUUUUGCCUGGCUAAUGUAAAUGAUUGUCAGGCCAGUAUAUCCUAGUUGACGCUUGCUGUAAGGGCAAGCUGGAAAACUGAUUUCCUUGGCACCUUAAGGGGUACUUAAGGGCUUUAGUAUUCCAUUCCAUUAUAUUUAUUCUUAUUGAGUUCUUCAAUGGGAUAACAUGGUACAAAAUUAGAGGGUACAGCAGUAGUGUAUAUAUUAUUUGCCAAAUAGAAGAUGCUGUUCCUUUUUCUCUAAGAAAAUAAUGCACACAACUGCUGGUAAUGUAACAACAACAACAACAACAACAUACUUUUAAUUAUUUCCUCACAAUUUACAUUGACAGAUAAAAUUACAGCUUUUUUACGUUUUUUUUUUUAGACAGUGCAUGCGUGAGUGGAACAUGAGUGCGUUCAGCAGUUUAUCUAGACCUCAAAAGUGCAUUAUUUUCUUAGAAAUGUAGGAACAGGGUCUGUCUUCCAUGUGGUUAAGAAUAACUCAUGAAAAAACGAAAAUAUUUGCAUCUGAGAAGGGGCAGUGAUUGGGCUGGAAACAACAUCCAGGUCGUAUGUGCUCCAUAAUUUUCAGCCAUGUAUCUAGUAUAGAUACAAAUAUGACCGCUUAGCUCAAAUAGCCUGGGGUAUGCAGUAGCUAUAAUCUAAGUUUCAUAUGUCAUAUGCAUGCAAGUGUUUUCUUGACCUUACAGUGCUAAAUGGCAUAAUAAACAGUGUUGUAUGUAAUUACCAUGUUUAUUAAAGCCUAAGUCUGUAAACUUGUCAAAGACUCUAUUUGUGUGACAGCAAUUAUUAAACUUUGGGGACCAUUGAAUUUG